CAGGAAAUGACGAAGGCAGAGGUCGUCCAGGUCCGGUCGGUAACCGGGUCCCGCGCGUCCGGCCCCGACUCUGGGGGAAAGAGCCCCGAGCGGAGCAGCCUGGCCGCGUGCCGCCUCCGGAGCCAGCAGCGAGCCCAAACCUUUAAUGUUUCAGAAGACCGAGAAAAUUACAUUUAUGCAGUGGAUUGUGUUGUAAGCAACUCUCAGGAUGAAGACAAGCUCUGUAGGAAUACACCAUUUAUCAAGGGGCCCAUGAACAGAAUUUUGUGAAAUAUGGAAGCAAGAAACUAACCUGGCUCAGAUCCAUUCAGGUGUUAGAAAACAGCCCCAUGCCUGGAGGUUACGGAGUGAUGGGUGACGAUGGCUCUAUGGAUUACAGUGUUCAUGAGGCCUGGAAUGAAGCCACCAAUGUUUACUUGGUAGUGAUCCUUGUUAGCUUUGUUCUCUUCAUGUAUGCCAAGAGGAACAAAAGGAAAAUUAUGAGGAUAUUCAGCGUGCCACCUACAGCAGAAACUUUAUCAGAGCCCAGCUUUUAUGACACAAUAAGCAAAAUUCGUUUAAGACAGCAACUGGAAAUGUAUUCCAUUUCAAGGAAGUAUGACUAUCAGCAGCCACAAAACCAAGCUGACAGUGUGCAACUCUCAUUGGAAUGAAAUGACAGAAAAUGAACAACAUUAGUAAUUGUUCAACAGUCUGGUAGCAAGCUCCUAAAUGUACUAAAUCAUGAACAGCAUUUUUUUUAACCCUAUCUCCAUAAAAUCAUUUUACUUGUGACUUUCUUCCAGUUUUUUGUGUUUUGUUUUGCUUUUUAAAAUUGCAUCACCAAGUCAUUUGUUACACAAAUUAAAAAAAAAAAGUCUCAAAGGCGUGGACACAGAGAAUCUGUACAUCCUUAGGAAGAUAGAAUAUAACCAGAGAUGGUGAUUUUUACCUUGUGAAGACUUUUGAUUUCUUCAGGAUAUGAUCAGUCAGGAAUAAAAAUACAACUUUGGAGGUGAGCGUAUGGAGCUUAUGCCACUUUGAUUUGAACAGUUUUGCAAAAUUAAAAAGUAAAAAUCCAUUCAUUGGAAUAACAUCCUCGAUUGUAUUCUGUGAUGAAUAUCAUAAUCAAUAAUGGACGCAUUUGUGUUCUCACCGCUGUUAUUACCACACUUGAAUUGAAUUAACUACCUUUGCUUCUUCAGAACUUACACAGGAGACUGUCUUUUCUACUAUCCUCAUGAAACAAACCCAUCUACUAAUUGUGGAAGCUUCCUGUGAUUGGAAUGUUUUCCCUUCAUUGUGUUCCCGGGAGUUUGCCUUUUUUUUUUAAUCCCACAGUUUCAUUUCCACCAGAAGAGUUUCUUUGGACCAUACUGCAACCAUGCUGUGGAAUAAAUGGGCACCUCUCUACUGGUGUUAGCAGCUUGCUUUUUUGGUCAUGUAACUCUCAAGUUUAAUGUAACUGGAUACUUACACUUUUUUAGCAUAAUAAGCUUCCCUGAAGACUCUCAUAUCUUGUACCAUUUUGUACCAUACAUGGAAAUGUUUUUACCAAAUUUUUCCUAUUUAUUUAAAUAAAAGUUGGUGGGAGGUAGUUGCAGGGAAAUUUCACUGUCCACAUCACUGUCCAAGAAUUAGUUUUUGAAUCAAAGCUAUUCUUAAUUUUAAGAGUUAGAGUUAAUAUUUCAAGCUCUGUUUCCUUUUCUCUUUAUUGUGAAGUAAAGAACAUAAAUUUUAAAUGAAAAGGUUUAGACCAAAUAAAAUUAUUGAGGGAAAUUGCAUUUGUUUUUAAAUUUUAAUUAUAUUAUUCAAAAAUGUCUAUCUUGUUCAAGGUAAAUUGUUGACUAAAUAGAAUAAUUCUUGACUCACAAAUGAGUUUGAAUGCACUGCUGAUACAUAGAAUAAAAAACUGACUACAGGAUUGUAAACAGUUAUAAUUACGGGCUGGGAAUAGCAGAGCAGCAGGGGGAUGAUCUCCUUAAACUUUGCUUUGCUCUUAGGAAAACCACCGUAUAUUUCUGUGAGCAGGAAAUGUGAUCAGGAGCAGGAGCAGUUUACUUGUGUCACUGACAUAUUGCACAAUCUGGACAAAUUACAAAAACUGGCUAUUUCAGAUGAUUUGUAAAAAUAGUGUACAUAAAUAAAUGUAAAUCACAAUGAAA